AGAUUCAUUAGUGCAGUGUGCCAAGUUCAGAGAGGUUCGAUAAUAAAUGGUGCUUGUAAUAAUUAUCGUCAUAGGUUCAUUUCUGUGGUGGUUUACCAAAAUAUGGCUUGAGCAGUUAAAAUAUCGCCAGUAUUUGUUGCCGUAUUCAGGUCCCAAGCCUUUGCCUUUGCUUGGAAAUUCUUUGCUGUUCAAAUCACUUGCAGAUUUCAUACCGGUAACCAAACGUUUGGCUGAGGAAUUCGGGAAAUCAUUUGUUUUUUAUUUUGGUCCUAAACCCCGCUUAAUUAUUGGUGAACAUCAGACGGCGGAAUUUUUACUCGGCUCCCAGACGAUUAUCGAUAAGUCGUACGAGUAUAAUUAUUUCCAUGAUUGGCUGGGAACAGGAUUAUUAACCAGCACAGGCCAAAAAUGGAAAUCACGUAGAAAAUUACUAACGCCCGCCUUUCAUUUCCAAAUUCUCGAAAAGUACGUUGAUGUAUUUAAUAAGCAAAGCAACAUUCUAGUAGAGAAACUUAAAGAAAGAGUGGACGCAGGCCCGUUUGAUAUAUUUCCGUAUGUGGCCCUUUGCACACUUGAUAUCAUCUGUGAAACAGCAAUGGGGGUGCAGAUAAAUGCGCAAACGGAUUCCACGUCUUCGUACGUGUGGAGUGUACAGGAGAUGUGUCGUAUUUUCCUAGAAAGGUCUUUUUCGCCAUUAAAAAUGGUCAACAUAAUCUACAAAUUAACUCCGAUGUAUCGAGUACAAAAAAAAGUUAUUUCAGUUCUGCACGGUUUCACGAAUUCUGUAAUUCGAAGUAGGAAAGCGAAUUUUACAAGAACUACCUUAAAUGGUGGUAACGAUGAAGGACUUCUGAAGCGUGUAGCGUUCCUUGAUCUUCUUUUACAGUACAAUUUAAGCGACGAGGCAAUUAGGGAAGAAGUCGAUACAUUUAUGUUUGAGGGCCACGAUACAACUGCCUCGGGGAUCAGUUUUGCUCUGUAUUGCCUUUCAAAACAUCCUUCUGUGCAGCUUCAAGUAGUAGAAGAAUUGCAAACCAUUUUUAGCGGCGACAAUGGAAGAGAACCAACGUACCAGGAUUUACAAGAAAUGAAAUAUUUGGAAAUGGUCAUUAAGGAGUCUAUGAGACUGUAUCCCCCUGUCCCUGGCUUCUCAAGAAUCUUAAACGAAAACACUUCGUUCAAUGGGGCAGUGCUACCUAAGGGACUUACUUUGACCAUACACGCUGUACUUUUACACAGAAAUUCCGACAUUUUUCCCGAUCCUGAACAGUUCGAUCCGGAUCGGUUUCUUCCCGAAAAUUCAAGGUCCAGGCCACCCUACGCUUACGUUCCUUUUAGUGCGGGUUUAAGAAAUUGCAUCGGUCAGCGGUUUGCAAUGCUGGAAUUGAAAGCAACAAUUUCGAAGAUCUUGAGAAACUUCGAAAUUUUGCCCGUUCCUGACCACGAACCACAACUGUCUAUUGAAGCUAUUUUGCGAUCGUACAAUGGUUUACCUAUUGUGUUAAAAGCCAGAAGUUUUUAAACGCCAGAUGACAAAUCAGACCUCAACAGUUGAACAUUUUUCCAUAUUUGUGAACUUUCUUUCGGAUUCGAAGACAAUGCGAAGGGAUGGAAAUUCGAACAUAUGAUCUACUGCUAAAUUGACUGCGCAAAUAUGUGCCUAUAAUGGUCUGAGACAUUGUAUCAUUUAAUUGCUUUUUAAAAUCUUCUUUCGGCAUACAUAUGCGCAGAGUACUUUUUAAUUUUUAAUUUUUUAAUCUUUACUCUUAAUUCUUCUAAUAACAACGCGUAAGCUCCAAGAGUAGGCCUUCUAGCUUCUAUCUAUUCUGUAACUCACACUCUUCUUGCAGUUUUUUGUUGUUUAGAAUUUGAAAUGAGAACUUGCUACGCCAUUUUUCACACUAACAUAAAUGUUCUACAGCA